AUGUUUUCAUACAUUAUUGAUUCCUGGCCUUUACUAUCCUAAAAUGGUUUUUACUGUCUGUGUAAUGGAAACUUUUUAAUGUAAAACUGCUGCAAUAUCAAAUUAUUGCAAUUUAUGUUUCUUAAGAUUAAACAAUUAUUUCUCUCAAGGGCAAGAAAUAAUAUAUUUUUGCCUCUGGGGCGGGGGGACUGAUCUUUUCCUAAGAGAAGGAAGGAUGCAGUACUUUCUUUGCUUGUGGGUUUCCUUUUGUUCACUUUUGAUCUAGAUAUUGGUGGUUAUGUUCCAGUCCUCCUGCAUAUGCCCAAGAGGAUUGGGAGUGGCGUGGACACCAGCAGCAGCACUUUUUUCCUGUAGAGAUUAGAAACCAGGAGCUUGUUGCCCAGCUUGCAAAGGCUCAGGACAGAGAGGAGGAAGAAACAAGUAUAAAGGUUUUGGUUUUGGAAAGAAGUUGGAAUCUUCCUGACCCUGGGACCUUAAGAUCCACAAAAUUGCUGAAAGAAAAAGUACUACUUGUUGAAAGGAUGAAGAAACACGAAAAGACUAUGACUACAUGCUGGAUCACCCAGAGGAAUACUACAGCCAUUACUAUCACUACUACCGCAGGCGCCUGGCCCCCAGAGUGGACGUCAGACUUGUGAUUCUGGUCAGUGUGUGUGCCAUCUCGGUGUUUCAGUUUUUCAGCUGGUGGAAUAGCUACGACAAGGCGAUCAACUACCUGGCCACAGUGCCCAAGUACCGCAUCCAAGCCAUGGAGAUUGCUAAAGAGCAGGGGCUGCUCAGAAAAGCCAAAGAGAAGGGCAGAAACAAGAAAUCCAAAGAGGAAAUUCGUGAUGAGGAGGAGAACAUUAUAAAGAACAUUAUAAAGAGUAAAGUAGAUAUAAAGGGAGGCUAUCAAAAACCCCAGAUACGCGAUCUUCUCCUGUUUCAAAUUCUCUUAGCUCCUGUUCACCUGUGCUCAUAUAUAGUCUGGUACUGCCGGUGGGUCUAUAAUUUCAAUAUCAAAGGCAAAGAGUAUGGGGAAGAAGAAAGACUAUAUCUCAUACGUAAAUCUAUGAAGAUGUCAAAGUCUCAGUUUGAUAGUCUAGAAGAUCAUCAAAAAGAAACUUUUCUUAAAAGGGAGCUCUGGAUAAAGGAGAAUUAUGAGGUCUACAAACAAGAACAAGAAGAAGAGCUAAAGCAAAAAUUGGCCAACAACCCUCGAUGGAAGAGAUACAGGAGAUGGAUGAGGAAUGAAGGGCCCGGACGGCUAACAUUUGUGGAUGACUGAGGAUUGCUGGAAUGCUACUAUGCCAAACCUUAAUCGUGAUAUUUUCAUAACUGAAUUAUUUUAGAAAUGUUUCCCCUACUCCUCUGCAGUAACUAAAAUUCCUUAAGUAUUUGAUUCAACCGAAUAAUGAAGAAAUUUAAACUUUACCUUAAAACUUUAUACAUAAGACAUUUAUGAUUGUUCAAUUUUUAUAAUCUAUUUGUGGAUUUUGUUAAAAGAUUUAACAUGAAGAUUUAUAAGUUGCCAUUUAAAAUUUUAUAUGUUUGGUUAAAAGAUUUGACAUGAAAAUUUAUUAGAUACCAUUGACAAUGUUUACGUGUUAAGUGCUUAUUCUUCAAACGUGUUUCCGUAUUCUCUGUUAUAGUGCUACAUUUUUCUGCUUUCGUGGCCUCUGAUAUUUUCACAAAGCAUAAAACAUUAUAAUAGCAUUUCAUUAUAUUAUUCUGAGUGUCUUUCUAGACACAAACUUCAACAAAAUGAUUUCAAUUAUCACGUCAUCUUCUUUAUAGUCAUUCUGGGAUUGAAAUAUGUUCAGAAUAUAUCUCCAGGAGAGUCCUCUAGAAUGUCUUUCCACUCUUCCUCCCCAGUCAUAGUAUUCCUAAGAAGGUCAUAAACUCUCCGGGAGAGUGACUCUGCGUUCAUGUCCUUGUAGGAUGAUCUUGAUUACAGUCAUUAUAGGACUAUGACUUUUUUCAAACAUGUUUCCAGAAGAGACCUUGUACAAAGGCCUUUUGUACCACAGUAUUGCUUUUCACCCCCACUUCAAUUUUUAAAAAGCGACGAAGCAGAAAUAGUGUACUGAAAAGUUGUUAGUAUAUUAUAAAGUCCUUGAGUGGUAAAAAAAAAAAAAAAUCCAUUGUACAUGAAUGCAUUUACAUACAUUUGAACCAGAAAAAAAGAAGUGACUAUGUGCUGUUCUUUCAAUGAGAUAUAGACAAUGAGAUAUGUUUUCACACAUGUGGAAGUGAAAGUAAUUCACACAUAAUUUGACUGAAGCAUGAUUUUCACCAAGGUAUCAACGCACAUGGGUGGUGGCGAAUCAGUACUGCUGUUAAAGGGUUUAUCCCAUGCGUCAUAUGAAUAAAAUGGUUGCAAUAUGU